UCCGUAUUUGAAGUCUAGCCGCAGUGCUAGCAACUGUUUAGUGCUAGCAUUGUUACUUUUGCUUCCGGUAUGGGGGGAUUUGUCUCCAUUAAAUGCAAUCGGAUAAGAAGACACCAGUCAGCCAUCAUAUGCUCAAAAUGAGUACCGGAUUAGACCCUGCGUUUGGAAGUUCAAACCUCUGAUUCUCACACAGCACAAUGAAGAGAACCAGUCAGAAAUAACAAAAAAAAAGGUUCUGCACGUGUCUUGAGUUUGUAUGCAGAGUUUAAGGCAUUUAGUCUCGACCUGAUUAGUCAGACGGAGAACUGAAUCGGAUGGACUCGGUGAUGGGUCCGGUUCUGGUCUGGCUCCAGGACGUGGCAGCUGUGACUCUGCUGAGAGCUCGCCGGACGCUGCUGCGGGCUGCCAUUUUCCUCUGCGUGGUGGUGCUGCUGCUUUGGGUGUCGGUCUUCUUGUAUGGCAGCUUCUACUACUCCUACAUGCCCAGUGUCAGCUUCUCUACACCUGUAAACUACCGGUACAGAAGCGAUUGUGAUUCUCUGGAGUCUGUUCUUUGUUCCUUCCCAGUGGCUAACGUCUCUCUCCUAAAAAAUGGAAAAGAGCAGGUGCUGAUGUACGGUCAGCCUUAUCAAAUCUCGCUCGCGCUGGAGAUGCCUGAAUCGCCUGUUAACGAGCAGCUCGGCAUGUUCAUGAUCAAGAUGUCCUGUUACACCAAAGACGGAAAAACCGUUUCCACCGUGGCCCGCUCUGCCAUGCUGCAUUAUCGCUCCAGUCUCCUGCAGACCCUCAGCACUUUGGUGUUCUCCCCGGUGUUGCUCACAGGUUUGUCAGAGCAGAAGCAGCUUAUAGAGGUGGAGCUUUUCUCAGACUACAGGUCAGACUCGUAUCAUCCCACUAUCGGGGCUGUGAUAGAGAUCCAGUCUCGGCGUGUUCAGAUUUACUCUGCCCAGCUUCGGAUCCACGCCUACUUCACUGGGAUCAGAUACCUCUUGCAUAAUUUCCCUCUAACAUCAGCAGUCAUCGGAGUUGCCAGUAACUUCACGUUCCUCAGCUUUAUUGUGUUGUUUAGUUAUCUGCAGUUCAUCUGGGGAGGAUUGUGGCCUCCAGAGCAGGUCAGAGUCCAGGUAAUGAUGGGGGACACGACGCGUCUACAAAAGAGGAGAGAGGAGGCCCUGAGGCGCAUACGCACAACAGCAAGCGCACCAAAUCUGAAGUAUGAAAGGGAACAAGAUGCUCCUCCAGACCAACUGGAAGAUAACGAACGAACUGAGGGUGAUCUAGACAUAAUCGGUGCAAUGAGUUCAGUGAGUGAAUCUUCACCAAAUAAAGGGAAUGAUCUCAAUGUUCCGGAUGUACCAGAGAUCAAUGCAAGUGACGCCACUGAGCUCGACCAGAGAGACACCAGCUUAAGGCAAAGGCACGGGCCUUGGAUGCGUCUUUGAGUUCACGUUAAGUGAAAGCCAACACGCUUGGACAUUUUCCUCUUGAACUACAUUGGUGCUGUGUGUGUGUGUGUGUGUGUGUGUCUGUGUCCAUGUGCACAGACAAGCCAGAUCACAGCAGUGCUGUGUAUGUGUGUGUAGCCAUCUGUAUUACUGGUAGAAGCUUGUUUAAUUGUUUACAUCACUGAGCUUGAACAUCCCCCAGCACUCCAGCUGCUUUUUCACCAGAAUAAUGACUAACACUAACGCACAGCUCAGAUGAAUAUAAAUACAGCCAAUGCUUAAUCCUGGACACACCGCUUAAAGACACUCCUAUGGCCCUCCGCUCAUUUAUUUGACUUGUAAUGAAGCUGAGCUGAGCUCUUGGGUCAAAGAGUCUCAUCUGUUACAUUUCGCUUAAUCUGUUAUUGGGUUCACUUUGUUGUGUUGAAGUUACAGCUGAACACAGGUCAGUGUACACCGAUCAGGCAUAACAAUAUGACCGGUGAUUAUCUCUUCAGCAUGCCACCUGUUAGUGGGUGGAGUUUAUCAGGCAGCAAGUGGAAAAAUGGUUUGACAAAUUGUGGCGGCUAGACGACUGGGUCAGAACAUCUCCAAAACUACAGCUCUCGUGGGGUUUUCCUGGUCUGCAUUGAUCAGUGUCUAUCAAAAGUGGUCCAACAGUGUUGAACCGGCGACAAGGUCACGGGUGGACAAGGCCCAUUGAUGCACGUGGGGAGCAAAGGCUGGUCCGUGUGGUCCGAUCCAACAGACGAACUCCUGUAGCUCAGACUGCUGAAGAGGGUAAUGCUGUUGAUGCUCGACAGGUCUGGACUGUUUUGGCAGCAGAAGAGGGACCAACACAAUGUUAGGCAGGUGGUCAUAAUGUUAAGCCUGAUCAGGGUGUAUGUGGUGAAAGUAAUGUUCAUACAGUGCGUAUAACUAAUAAAUACAAAUAUUGUUAGUAAUAUGUUAUAUUGACACCUUUUGUAUUAUAUUGUACCAGCUGAAGGCUGAAGAUUGUACCAUAAGAGCAGGAUUUUUAAAAGUAGUAUUUGAAACGUAUAGAGGGUCAUUAUAUGAGGAUCGGUUGUUCAAGUGUUUUUUUAAAUGUGUGCGGCAGCCUGGGAAAACCACUAAAUUUCAGAAAAAUGCAGAUUUUAAAGAAAGAAAAAAAAACCCAUCCUGCUACUUAAAUGUAAAAAUACCUAUUUCAGCAAAACGAUGUUGAAAUCUUUGACUUGAUUCCUAACUCCCCAUGAUCCUGUUGGAUUAGGAACGUUGCCUGAAGAUGUUUUUAAAUUAUAUCUGGCUAGCCGAGUAUGCUUUCCUGACACAGUCCCGCUUCGAUCAAGUGUUACGUGUCAUAACGAACCUGAGUUCAGAAUUUUUUUCUUUCUGUUUAUACAGCAAAAAAAGCUGUAAAGAUGAAAUACUAAUAAAACUAAUUUUGAACUUACCCACCGGAAUACAUUCGGAUUUACAUUUUGGCAGACGUCUAUGUCGAGAACAAUUUACAACUACACAGUGACAGUUAAGCGCUUUGCUCUUGGGCCCAGUCGUGCUCUUGGUGGGGCUGGGAUUUGAACUUGUGACCACCUGAUUCAGAGUCAAAUGCCGUAAUCACUGAGCUACCUCCUAGAGUAGUGACCAUUCCACCUCGGUUGUACUUAUGUGAACAGUGUUGAGUAAAAUUCAAGAGUUACGUGAGGCUCCAGGUAAUAAAAU